AUGAAAACUUAUGUACCACUUAAGGAAGAGAAGAAAGGAAAGAAAAAGAAAAAGAAGGACCCAAAUGCACCAAAAAGACCACAGUCUGCCUUCUUCCCUUUCUGCUCGGAACAUCGUCCACAAAUAAAGAGUGAUUUCCCUGGACUGUCUAUUGCUGAUGCAGCACAGAAAUUGGGAGAGAUGUGGGCCGAGCAGACCCCAAAAGACAAACAGCCAUAUGAGCAAAAAGCAGCAAAACUAAAAGAAAAAUAUGAGAAGGAUGUUGCUGCAUACCGGGCAAAGGGCAAGGGUGACAUUGGUAAAAAAGUACCAGGCAGGCCAGCUGGUUCUGAAAAGAAGGUUGAGCCUGAAGAUGAUGACAAGGAUCAGGACGAAGAAGAUGAAGAGGAGGAAGAUGAGGAUGAUGACGAUGAUGAGUGA